GUUAAAGGGCAGCAGCAGGCAAAGCAAAAAAUCGAGAUUCAAUUAUGAAUGGUUAACAUUGAAUAUCCGUUUACUCUGAUGGCGCGUCAUGCCUAUACGCUUACCUUGUCGCAGGUGAGCCAACUCCUAUCCAUUCACAUUGAUGAAUAUCCAAAUGUGUGGUCUCAGGAGCAUCAUCUUCUUUUUACUCUUUUGAUGUUGUUCCAAUUGAAUUUUGAAAAUCAACGUACUAUCAGAUCUAAUUUAAGUCGAAUUUUCAACAAGUUGCUAUUUCGAAAGAGGAUCUGAAUGAUCCCACGAUGGCUGGUGAGAUCCGGAAGAAGGCGAUUGUAGAAGUCCUCUCUUGGCAACUUGGAGAAGAGGCAAAUCGUUUAGAAGCGAAGUAUGUGGAUUUAAGGCAGUAAAGUGAUAACGAAUGACUAUAAGUACUUAACUGUGGAUUUUGGAUUUUAGGCAACUUCUAAAAUAAGCUGGAAACGUCUACUGAAUGUUGUAUUUUCACUGGUCUGGUGACUCUAUCAAGGAGAGCAGCACAGAGAAGUGGAGUAAUUUUUAUUUUUUUGUCUCUUGGUACUACGAGUCAGAACAAGAAAUAGAGUAAUCGUUCUAUCAUGCAGCAAACGGAUACAAUUAUUACAACUUUUUUAGUUCGCUGUACUACGAUUAAUUUUUCUGAGUGACAAUGAGUAAAAGUACGAAGUCUUAGGAUCGGUCGUCCUCUAAGGAGUGUGCAGGUGGUGGGGCGAAGAGAAGCUUCGAAGCGGUGGUGGGAGUUCGUGUAUGACGAGAAGCACUACGAGGCAGAAGAGCGCUACGAGGCAGAAGAACGAGUGGCGAAAAACAUGGAAGAGCUCUUAUUGAAGUCGAAGUCUU